AUGAACAGGUUGAAUAAUACAGCGAAGCCACUGAAAAUUGGUAAUAAAUAUGCACUCCAUACACCAAUCAAUAUGGAUACAUUACACUUUGCAUUUUGUAAAGAAGACCAAUUACUUUUCUUCAAUAACUCACACUGUUCGAAUACUUCAGCUGGAGUCUCAGAAAAUCCUAUUUCAUAUGGUAGCGUUGACAUGGAAAAAACUCGUUAUUCAACACUCAUGAAUGCAAGACGCAAAUACUCUAAGACAAUUACAUUUUAA